UGACGACCUUCACCCAGCCCCCCGGCAGUGCACAAGAAAAAAUGUUCUGCCUCUUUCGUUCCUCAGCCGGCAGAAAAUAACAUUUAAUGGGGUAUGAUAAAAGUAGCCCUCCAAUAAACAUAAAUCAAGAUUCACAAUAAGGAUGUAUUUAUAUUUGUCAAUUCUUAUGAUUCUUUUCAGAUGAUCAUUUUUUAUAUAAUUUUAACAAUCUAUAGGGUUAUGUGAAACGUCAAGCACUAUAUGCUUGCCUAACCUGCACACCUGCUGCACCUGAUUCUGACUUGGCAGGUGUCUGCUUAGCCUGUAGCUUAUCAUGUCACGAUGGCCACGAUCUGGUUGAACUUUAUACCAAAAGGUAUUAUCCUUAGUAUCUAUUUUCUGAAACCGAGAGAAAUAUUAUGUUUAUUCUUGUUGGUCCAAUUACAACAUAUUAUCUCUUGCCUCUAGUUGUCCACUUGUCUGUGGUAAACAGUCAAAUUCUCCGCACAAUAUUUUUCAACCUGGUGUAUAGUUUAUAAAUUAUAAAUAUAUAUUAUUAAUCACUCGCAAAUACCUUAUAAAAGUGCCCCUCACAGUUCAAACUGUCAAUCAAAGUUCAAACUGUCAAUCAAAGUUCAAUCUGUCAAUCAAAGUUCAAACUGUCAAUCAAAGUUCAAACUGUCAAUCAAAGUUCAAACUGUCAAUCAAAGUUCAAACUGUCAAUCAAAGUUCAAACUGCCAAUCAAAGUUCAAACUGUCAAUCAAAGUUCAAACUGUCAAUCAAAGUUCAAACUGCCAAUCAAAGUUCAAACUGUCAAUCAAAGUUCAAACUGCCAAUCAAAGUUCAAACUGUCAAUCAAAGUUCAAACUGUCAAUCAGAGUUCAAACUGUCAAUCAAAGUUCAAACUGUCAAUCAAAGUUCAAACUGCUAAAAAACUAUGGAAAUAUGAAAUAUUUAUCAUCAUAAUUUAAUUUAAUUUAAUUAAUUUAACUAUAUAUGAAUUGUUGAACAUUACUGUUUAGAUUUGAGAGAAUUUUAUUUACUUUUUACUUUAGAAAUUUCCAGUGUGACUGUGGAAAUGAAAAAUUUGCUGACUUUGAAUGUAAACUACAGAAGGUGAAUGAAAGGCAUAUUCUAAUCUUGUUUCCUUGGGAAUCAAAUCACAUUUGUUGUUUUACUUGUUUUAUUUAGAAUAAAGAUGCUGCAAACACACUCAAUAAUUACAAUCAGAACUUCAAAGGCCUUUAUUGCUCUUGUCAUCGACCUUACCCAGACCCAGAUGAUGAGGUAAUGUUUAUGUGCAAAAGGUUAAAAGAAGAAAGGAUGUAAAAUUUUGAGAAAUUGAAUGUGGCCCAAUUUGAAAAAGUGUGGUAUUGAUGUGGCUCAAACAGAUCUUUCCAACAACCUUGAGUUUUAGCUUGUGCAGAUCGAAGAAUAUAUGGCAUGUUGAACACUAGAAAAAUUUAGCAUAAAAUAGUCCCCCCGUUUGAAAUUACCCACCAAACUAACCAGGAAUUAUCCACCCCCCUCAUAAAAAUAAUCCCACACCCCCUACAAAUUAUCCAGCCCCCCCCCUGCAGAAAAUAUGUGUACCCAGCAAUUACACUAAAAAUUAUCCAGCACCCCACCCCCUAAAAAUAUGUACACCAGGCCAUGAAUGAUAAUGAUUUUAGACUCAGAUUUUAAUUUCACUGUUUUGGCAGGCUUUUACUAGGCUAAGUAUGUCUAUAUUAAUUAAUAACUGUAUAUUAUAAGCUAGCAAUGCUCCCUAGCUUAGGCAUCCUUUUUCUUUGUCUUUUAUAUGUCAACUGUCUAUUAAAAUUAUAGAUUGAAGAUGAAAUGAUUCAAUGCAUUUCCUGUGAAGAUUGGUUCCACUCAAGGGUAUGUAGGUCAUGAAGUUAUUCAACGAUUGGCCUCCAUUAAUGCUGUUUUAUUCAGUUAGAGAUUGACCGGUAACUUUUUCAUCUUGACUGGCAAAUAUUAUCCUUUACCGGGCACAUAUUAUGAUAAUCCACCGGUCACGAUAACCGGUAUACCUUGCAGAUGUAAUUUGAGGCCUGCCUGAGAGUGAAUACUAAAUACUGUUUUACCACUAUAGCAUCUUAGUAACCUUCCACCAUUGGAUGGUGACUACACUGAGAUGAUCUGUGACCAAUGUAUGGAGAAAACCAGUUUCAUACAAGCAUACCUACCAUACUCGUUGCCCAGCCAACAGAUAUGUACCAUUAAGAAAAGUGAUACCAAUGAGAAUGUUGAUAUAGAAGGAGUUAAGAGUGAAUCAGUAAACGGUGAUGGUGUGUCUUCUAAGAUAAAGAUUGAUGGUGAAAGUAGCGCAGAAAAGGAGGUAUGUCGGAGUUUUUUUAAUAGUACAACUGGACUGCAAAAUAGCGAGUUGAUUAAUGCAGGCAAAAAGUGUUCUUCGAGAAAUUAAAAUCAAAGUUAGUAUAAAGUUAGUUAUUAUUUUUUCACCCCGGAACAUCCAGACAUCGCCACAGAAAGCGGCAAAAAGAAAGUUAAGCGAGGAAGCUGAUGGCGACCAAAAGGCGGAAACUCUUGGUGAGACGUCUUCAAAGAAGCUCUGCAGUGAAGAUGAAAAUACGGAGAAAGAUCAGAACAACUGUAUCUAUCAGAAACUUCUUGGAAAUGUACAAAAGAAAUCUGGUUGCACUUAUUGGAAAAAUGGUUGGAGGGCAAAAUUGUGCGUUUGCCAGAAAUGUAAGGUAUGGCAUGGUUGUUUGAAACGUUUUCGUUGGUGCACUUUUAACGGCUGCGCAGUGUGACUGGUAUUCGAUUCCUGCAAUUUACUGUCCUUUGAUUAUAGUUUCGUGGGAAGAAUUAUCCCAGCUUGUUUGUACCAAACAGUGUAUGUUCUUUCGGGGUGCAAGGGAAAUGCCAAUUUUCGUCUCAAAUCUUUUUUUUACAAAAACAAAAAUAGGGACGGACAAACGUGCGCAAGCGACGUUUCUGUCAACAACGUUUUUGUCGCCCGAAAGUUGUUAUACUUGUAACUCAUUUUGGCGGCGUUUUGCAUCAGCGCUCGUGUAAGGAAGAAAAAAACAACUUUAAAAAUCGUAUGUUUGGUCACAUGUGUUGAAGAUUACCACAAACUAACAGAAACAUAGUCCCCACACUACAAACGCCCUAACUAUAAACGUGUUUGCACGCAAACUACAGAUACAUAGCUGGCUAUAAAAUGCUAGAAAAAAUAGUUGAUGGACAUUCUAACAUUUCCAUCUCUAGCUUAUGUACAAAGAACAAGAUGUCGAGUUUCUCAUGGAUGAUUCAGAUACGAUAAUAGCAUAUGAAGAUCGUGGUCAGUCUCGGAGGGAACAGCAGUCCAGUUCAUAUGAUUCCAGUCUGAAUGCAUUAAACAGUCUUGGCAGGGUUCAGCAAAUAGAGAUCCUACAUGGUAAGACCGGUUUCAUUUGAUUGACGGACUGGGCUGCUAUGUAAUUUGAUUUUAGUAAACAAUCUAUCUAUCAAAAUAAUCCCGAUAUCAACCACACAUAGGAAAACCACGGGGAAGUAACAGAUUGUUCUUUUCUCAGGUUACAAUGACAUGAAGACACAACUCACAAAUUACUUGGCUGAAUUCGCAAAAGAAGGGAAAGUAUGCACACAUAUAUAUUAAAAUUUCUGUAAAAAAAGUGAAUGCCUCCAUUUUUUCUAUGUUAUAAAUUUUUGUUUCUGGAAUAUUAUGUAGACUGUUACAAAAGAAGACAUCCAGAGUUUCUUUCAAAAACUUCAAGAAAAGAAAAACAAAGACUCUGCCUCUGGAAAUAUCCCACAUUACUGCAGAUAACACUGUUAUAUUGAUCGGAUCGAUAUUAAACCUAUACAUUAUAGUAUUUUAUAGUUUAUUAUGUUAUAACUUUGUUUAGUAGUAUAUAAUGUUCAAAAGAAUAAAAAAAGGUUAUAGACAAGUCGAUAUAGACGAUGGAAAUAUAAUUGGAUUUCCCUACUAUUUCCAGCAAAGAUCCAUACUAUUUCCAUAGUAAGGAUUUUCUUUAAAAUCACAGUGAAUGUUGUAGGUAUUAAUGUUUAAAUUAUUAAUGUUUAAAUAUUAAUGCACUUUAUGUUAAUUAGUUCUCUGUCCACUGUAUCCGGUACUGAUGAAAGCGAAGUGGAUCGUUAAAUAUAGGAAACAGUGUUGCAGAAACAUUUGAAGAUCGUAACAUUAAUGGCAUUGAAUGUUUUUGACAAAUGUUGGCUAGAACACAAUAUUUCCGCAACACAGUUUCCUGUUUUCCCUAGUAUCAAGUUUUCAUUUUUAGUUUGUUGUUAUCAAUUGUCAUUUUAUCAUGCACUUCAUUCCGUCGAAACACCCCAAGAUUUGUAAUCGUCUUUCCGGACUUCCACAUUCCCAGCAAAUCUUUCAGCACUGUAGUAGAACACUGGAAAACAAAACACGAUGUACUACUUAAUUUUAUCAGCGUAUUUGUCUCCAGUUAUCGACACUGUGGUGGUUGCGCUUAGUCGCAUAGGGCGUUUUCCAUUUAAUGGCCUGACCGGUCAGACCCAAAUUGUUUUUCUCUGUAUCAAUGGAAAGAUCUGGUCUAUGUUUCUCAAAUAUCUAGCGAAAAUGGACCUCAUUCAAAGGUUAUCUAAAUUUUCCGGUCAGAUAGGUCCGAAGCCGAAAUGUUUUGUGUUCCAUUCAACAAUUUGCCCGUUCUGACCGAGUUAAUGGAAAGCGCCCAUACUCUUUCACACUGUGUGAGUCACUGCAUAGUCUUUUUCACACAUCUUUUUCACACUGUUCCAAAAUCAUAUAAGUAGCACAGUAAUAAACUAAUAUUCUGCAAAUUAUUUGCGCU